AAUUUAUCGUCAGCUGCUCCGUUAUGUUAUCGAUAGCAGAUUCAUUAAGAGAUAAGCUUUAGCUGCCGCAAAAAAACGAAAAUAUAGUAUUUUUAACUCAGAGUAAAGCAGUUGACCCAACAAAUUGACCCAGGGUAAUGGACAAACUGGGCUUCGGGUGCCCCUUCUCCUUCCUGGCCGGAAAGCCGCAGAAUAUGAGUGGUGGACCCGGUUUCCUGGACCUCAACUACGACUGCUACCUUGAGAUAUUUUCAUAUCUGAAUGCGCUGGAGGAUCAGCUAAACCUGGGCCGCACCCAUCCACUAUUUCGGGUUGUACUCACGGACAUUUUGCGAACGCGCUACGAAAAAGUCAAUGUGCGGCUUCUCAAAACUAUUCCGGACUGGGAGUUCCUGCUGCAGCUGUGCGGUUCCGAAGUGUCCAGAUGCGAAGUGCCCCAUGGUCGCUGGGAUGAACCGUUUACCUACCCGUUUUUGGUGCUCCUGGGACGACAUUGCCCCAAUCUGCGACAGGCAGUCAUCAUAUUUAUGCACGCCGUCACAGAGACGCCACCGGAAAGUGGGGACAGGGGCCACAUCAUGCAGCUCCUCCUCGAGCUUCCCAGUCUGACCAAUCUUACACUGAUCGAUGCCAGAUCUGCACAGCUAUAUCAAUUGCGGCACUUUAGUAAACUGGAAGCCUUGGACUUGGAUGGAAUCGACCCAAACCUCAGCAACGCCUCCUUCCAGCAAAUGUUUGAAAAUAUGAUUUGCCUGAGGCGACUGCUUCUGAAUUUCGGGCGAGAUCGCAGGAGAUCUCACCUGCUCCCGCUGUUGGCAGAUAAGUUCCCCCAAUUGGAUCACCUUACUCUCGAGAACUUUGAUGUGAGCUUUUCGGAGUUAGGUGAAUUUAAAGCCCUCCGAUCGCUGCGCCUAAUCUCCCGUUGGAUAGCGGAAGUAAACGACGACUUUUAUAGAUCGGUGGUCAAGAGCACUGGUAACCUCCAACAGCUACAGUUCAUAUCCGUCCGCGUUAGAGGUGACCAAGUGCAUUACAUCCUGGCAAUUAGUCGUCUCACUGCUCUGGACUGUGAUAACUGGCCAGCCCAAUCGGUGGCCCAGUUGGGUGAGUUAAAAGAUCUCGAGUGCCUGGUCUUGGAUUGCAUCGACUCACCUACAAACCCAAGUCACCAACUUAUGUUCCUAAUAAAGAAUUGCAAUAAGCUAAGCCAUCUGAGAUUGGGAAAACGCUGGAAGAUGCCUACCGAGGAUGUACAUAUAUUUUUGGACAAAGUGACAAAUGCAGGAGCGGUUCGGAAAAUUAAACUUCUGCUUACCCUUGACUUUAUCACGACACCGGAUACUCGGAAAGAGUUCACAGAUCAUUUCGGGGAUCAUAAACACUUGCAAGUGAGUUUUAAUGGGGCCACCUGUCAUCACUGCCAGCGUGACACCCACUCUAAGUGCGAUACCAUCUUCGACUAGCUAUCUUUUAGCUUAAGACUCACCUCA